UGCGUAUUAAAGAAUGGCUUACGUUUAUUACAGACAAAAUAUACCCAUUCUUUGCGAUGUCAAUUAAUGCAAGUAUCGACUCAUUAUAAGAAAAAAAGAAACAAUCAUUUGUGAAUGUAGUUCUAAGCCUCUAAUUAAUCUUGGUAAUUGUUUCUUGAAUACAGUUAUUAUUAUGGCUUAUAUCAUGAGAAGUAGAUAUACUAAUGAGGAGUUGUAUCUGAAACUUGGAACCAAAGUUUUGGUGGCUAUGUCAUGCGUGGCGGCAGCGGCCGUGACUCCUUACGCCGCCUUUAGGCCGCUGUCCUCGUUAAGUUGCGGCGGCCGCCACACCCAUCACGCCUUUAGUAUUAUGGCUGGAUGCUUUAUAGUCUUAAUCGCAUACUCUUCGCUCUUAUUAUGUUUGUCAUCAAUCCGAAGAAAGCUCUGUUCCUUAUCGGGGAAGGAUGUUCCUCGACGGCAUUGUUUCUUGAAUAACUCAGAUUUGGUAAAGAUAUUGACUGACCUUAUAGGGUUUGGAAUGGCUUCUACGUUCUCUGUGUUAAACUCCCAUUUGGAAUGGGAUAGUAUUAAUAAAUGUGGAGUAUCCUUUCGUCAUGAUAUGCACAAGACCCUUAAGGAGAAACCCUUGCUACAUUCACGAUCAAUGAUACUUUUUUUGUAUGGAUGGGAAAUGUUUGGGAUGGGUUUAAGCAAUAUGAGGGGGAAGUGGGGAUGCACCGUUUACGACUUGGUAUUGAAGAGCAUGAUUGUCAUCUCUUUGGAAUAUUUAUUAGUCUCUAGAGAUGUAAUUUCAGGCAUUUUCCCACUCCUUGUGUGCACCAUCGCGUUUGUGAUCGGGGUCGUCUCAAAAGAGUGGAUGAAAAGCGUGAUGAUGUCGAGUUUUCCCUAUCCUUUUUAUAAUACUAGUAAGCCCUUUUUUGCCAUUUAUCAUAACUUCUUGGCACUUGGCCUUAUGUGGCUUAAUGCGGAAAAAAUGCUUUUCUACCAGCGGUGUAGGGAUGAUGACGGGCAUAUGAUGAAGACCCUUUUCCUUGUUCUACUUGUUUACUGUUUCUCCAUUGUCCUACUCUCUGUUGUUCAUGAGAAGACGACAUUUUUUCAUAAGAGGCGAUGGUGGAUUGAUGCAGUUUUAGAAAUAUAUGAAUUUGGGUUUGCCACUACACUGCCAGUAUUCUUGGAUAAUUGCAGAUGUGAUGGUGAAGGUAAGUUAGUUCUCAUUUUCGACACGUGGAGGGAACUAAAGGAGAAGCCACUUCUGUCCCCUCAGGUCAUCAUUUUUAUGCUUUUAUGGGCAGUGGUUGGAUUAUGCACAACUAGAUCAUCACCUCCUGUUGGAUCAACUACUCCCAAAACAUAUACACAUUUUGAGUUAAGUUUGGGGUUGGCACUCUCCAUUUCAUUUCACUAUUGGACGGCAGCAAUCUACAUACCAUUUCUCGUUUCUGUUGUCGUUGUUCUUUUGGUUUGUUUCAAGGAAUUCAUUCACGAUGAG